AAUACGUGGAAAAAGCUACGCGAAGCUCGUAUCCACUGCGGGAGUCGGAUGUCGGCAGACAAUAGGGUUGGCUUAUAAAAAUUGGAAAGAAGUCAACCAGACUCUGAAAAAUAAAGUUUGGAAAGACAUUCAGACGGGGUUCAUUGUGCCGGACACCUUCAAACAUGAUUGUCUCAUCCUAGCUGGGAAGUUAAUGAAAGACUUCAAGAAUAGGAUGACAAAAGACAUCAUAAUGCCCGCGUUGAAAGAGAAUGAUCUGGGACGACUGGCACAAGUCCCUGAAAAGCACCCGGAGAUCGACGCUGCUGAUUGGUGCAAAUUUGUUGAAAGUAGACUAACUCCUGAAUUUCUGGAAUUGAGUAAGGUGCAACGUGAACGUUCCUCAAAAAUUCAAUCCAGACAUCGAAGUGGUCGGAGUGGGAUGGUGAACGUACGGGAAGCUGUGAAAAAGGACCUCGAAGUUGCAGAUCCUCCCCGCCACCGUGUUUGGAUUAAAUCUCGCACCAAGAGUAGAAAACUUGUCACUGAUUACGACAAGGAAAUUGCCGAGAAGAUAGCUCAAUUAGAGGAGAAGCUUAGUCAGGGACAACUUCAGGUCCAGGGCCAAAACGAUAUCCUCACGCAGGCGCUUGGGACACCAGAGCAUCCUGGACGUGUCAGGGCUGCUGGGUUCCUGACCAGGGCAUCUCAACUGUUCGGCAGGAAGAAAAGGGAAGUGUCUGAUGUUGUGGCUCGGCAAGCGAAGGAGAUUGAACAAUUAAAAGCCGAAGUCCAAUCCCUUAAGCAGCAGAGGAACGCUGCCGAACAAGAGGAAGAAGGAGAGGUGGCUGGUGAGGCGUAUGUUCCACAACCAUACGCUCCUCAGGAUGAGGUACAACCACAAAUUUAUGCUGAGGAGUUCAUUUCCCUCAACGACCAAGGUAUCCUAUACAAUUUUGAUGACCAAGCGGCCCUUACUCAGCAAGUACAUCUCUGCUCUGACAACAUCGACAAUAUUGUGGCCCGAGGGUAUUUGUACGAGCAUGUGGGUGUGGUCAAAGUUCACUGCCAGGAUUACGAUGAUUCACAUGCUCGGAUCAUGGUUUCAGAAAUCCUGCAAGAGGACGCUGAAAUCCCAGUCCCACUUGAAGAGUUCAGAUAUGUUAGGGACGUGUACCAGAUGUUCCUUCCUUGGCCUAAACACUUAAUUUUAACAACCGAGGGUCCACUCGCUCAACCGCCCUCAAGACGUGAUGCGUCAAAGGGGAAAGCUCCGAUGCUUUCUCCACAAAGCCGUGGUGCACGGGAAGAUGAGUUGUUCACGGAAGAGAAGAUGGCGUUGAUCCCUAAUUCGCUGAAAUGGAUGAUUCAUGAAUUCCUAAGGCUCAAAGAUAAACGUGAUAUAAUCACAAUUCCUGUCCCCCGAGGAUUCAUUGCACCGCGUACCCAGAUCACGUUAUCUGGAGAGGAUUUGCAGCAGGUUGCUACGUGUGACUACAUCGGCAACCAGGGAAUGCUGUUUGGAAUGAUGCACAUAUGGGAGAGCAUCAACGGUCUGAGAAAAAUUUUCAAGUUUUACGACCCAGAGCUUCUCACAGUGCAUGGGAUCAGCGAUGAAGAACAGAGUCAGUCUUUUGACGAUGCGGCAAGACGAUUGGCUAAUUGGUUAUCAUUAAUGAACAGCAACCACCAAAUGUUCUUUAUUCCUUGGAAUAUCGGGAUGCAUUGGACGCUAGUGGUGGUUGCGCCAAAGAAAAUUAUCCAUUUAAACCCUCUAAAAGGCCGCCCAAUUCCCGAAGAAAUAGAACAAAUGAUCGGAAGGGCAUUCAUGUAUAUAGGGGACGCACAUCAGUAUCUUGGCCCGUGGCAAGGAAUUGCACAAGCAAACUGUCCAAGACAACCUAAAAGCCAAGAAUGCGGUUUUUAUGUUUUGAAAUAUAUGACUGACAUCGUCGCACGUGCCAACCCCAACCGUUACAUAGAAGAUCAAAAAGCUUUUGGGGGUAAGAAGCAAUACGAUCCAAAAACAGAAAUUUUACCACUACAGCGAAAGUGGAUCGAACAAUUGAUGGCGGUGAUUCACGGUGACGAUUGAGGUUCAAAGGUCGAAGAAUUUUUCUUCAUUAUGUAAUUUUUAUAGAUUAACUUGUAAUUAGAUUUAUUAACUUAUUAAUAUUUUUAACUAAUUUUACAUGUUUGUGUAAUAUUUAAUUAUUUUUAUGAAAUCAAAUUAUGUUUUUACCC